AUGGCAUCCAACUCUCCCGAAAAAUCCAAAGAUUCUACGAGUCAUCUAUAUUCAAACUCAUCCGACGAUGAGGGAUCCCCUCCAGAAAGCUCAAGCUGUCAAUCCUCAGCGGAUCCGUGGUCCUCCUCAUUCCAGGAAAAAGAUUCGCAGCCACAUCACAAAGUCCCCGCCGCUUCCACCCAUGUCGACCUUGUUAAUAAUGCACGAAGACCGGCUCCCUCUUUCGCUGGCUCUAGCUUUCGCUCUCCAAAUAGUAUGGGAGGUGUAAUGCCAGAAAGCAUGGAAGAAAAAAUGAGAAAGUUCCAUUUAUCUAGACAAGGAACGCCGUCUCGUCCACAAAUUCCAAUGUCCGUCUCUUCGGGACCGCCUACAUCCGGCUCUUCUAAUUUUGGAGCUGCAGUAGGAGUUUUACCUGCUGGACUUCACUUUCCUGUAAAUCGACGGCCAUUACCACACAACGCUGUUUCAGACUCCACUAUCCCAAAAAUGUCUCUAAAAGGCGGCCUUAGUUCCCGUAGAGGUAUUAACUUAUCUGGCGGGCUUCCGGGUAACCAGAAUUCUCAAGGUCAACCUUUCAAUCCAAUCGGUAUCACAAAUCAGAAUCGGAAUCAACCGCAGCAGCCAAUUUCAAUGUUCAACAAGUUCUCUGAAUAUGUAGAUACUAAAAAUGGCACCCUCAGGUUUGCUGGGAAAGCAGUUAUUCAUGGCCAGGGUAUUGAUUUCACAUCAGGAAGUAAUUUUAAUAUUUCUUUGGACGAAGUUGAUACAAUCGAGGAACUAGGAAAAGGAAAUUAUGGUACUGUCUACAAAGUUCGUCACGCGCGUCCUAGAAUUCGCCGACCUGGCCUUGGUCUAGCAGGUAAUAGACUACCCUCCCAGACUUCAAACUUAUAUGCCUUCGAGAGGGGUGUUAUUUCCCCAGAAUCCUCAAGUCAGGGAGGAAGUUCCACCACUGGCAUCAUUAUGGCUAUGAAGGAAAUUCGGCUGGAACUUGACGAAGCUAAGUUCGCUGCUAUCAUAAUGGAACUUGAUAUAUUGCAUCGCUGUGUCUCUCCUUACAUAAUCGAUUUUUAUGGAGCCUUCUUUCAGGAAGGAGCAGUGUAUAUUUGUAUCGAAUAUAUGGAUGGUGGAUCUAUCGACAAAAUUUACGGCGAUGGUAUUCCAGAAAAUGUGCUCAAGAAAAUAACAUUCUCUACUGUCAAAGGAUUAAAAACGCUAAAAGAUGACCACAAUAUAAUUCAUCGCGAUGUUAAACCUACAAACAUCCUUGUUAACACACUUGGCCAGAUUAAAAUCUGUGAUUUUGGCGUUAGUGGAAACCUAGUGGCGAGUAUUGCUAAGACCAAUAUUGGAUGUCAAUCAUACAUGGCGCCCGAGCGAAUCUCUGGCGGUGGAGUAGCCCAAGCUGGUGGAGGUGGAGGUGGAACUUACUCAGUUCAAUCUGAUAUUUGGAGCAUGGGAUUAAGUAUCAUUGAAUGUGCACUGGGUAAAUACCCUUAUCCACCCGAGACCUACAACAAUAUUUUCCUGCAACUAAGCGCUAUUGUCGAGGGUGAACCUCCAGAUCUACCUGAAGAGAAUUUUUCUUCCGCUGCUCGUGACUUUGUCCGCGGAUGUCUUAAUAAAAUACCUAAGCUCCGUCCAACUUACUCUAUGUUAUUACAACACGCUUGGCUCAGUGAGCUAUCCCAGAACUGUGCACCCUCGGAGCCCAAAACUGGGUGUAAAGAAACAGAAGACGAGGAAGUUGCAGAAUGGGUGAAACAAGCUUUGGAGAGAAAGAGUAAGAAAGUAGCAGAGGCGAGUGGUAAAAUAGCAUCUCCAAAAGAUACAAUAACUCCCUCCUUUACAUCUGCUGGUUAG